UCAGCGACGUUGCUAUCUCCAGAUACGGCGAAGGAACAGUGGAAGACGCCCGCUCCUGCAGGACUAAACCAUCUUGGCUACUUUGGCUCCAAACUUUUACGCACGGCUUUACGCGGCUCUUUUCGGGAGGACUGUCCGCUGUCUGCGCCCCCUCGCCCGGACUCGUCCUCCUCGCAGCAGCGCUCUGGAGUUUUAUCACCGGAGCUUCGUUAUCUGGGCUGAUGUUGUAAAUCCCGGUGGGACAGACGAAGGACGCCUCUGUCACUAUGUACCAGAGCCUGGCCUUGUCCUCCAACCAGUCCCCCUACGCGCACGAUACGGGCAACUAUGUGCACGCGUCCGCCAGCUCCCCGGUGUACGUGCCCACCACCCGCGUGCCCGCCAUGCUGCCCACGCUGCCGUACCUCCAGACCUGCGACUCACCGCAGACGCACGGCCUGAGCGCGCACCACGGCUGGGCUCAGAGCUCCGGGGACAGCGCCGCUUUCACGCCCGGCAGCCCUCACCCUCCGCCGGGCUUCUCCUACUCCCACAGCCCGCCCAUGAGCUCCAGCACAGGCCGGGAGGUGGCCUACCAGAGCCAGCUGGUGCUCGGGAACAGCACACGGCCGGAGCAGUACGGGAGCGCGCUCGUGCGGUCGGUGGGAGGCUCAUAUUCGUCCCCGUACGCGGCCUACAUGAGCCCGGAGAUGGCCUCCUCCUCCUGGACCCCGGGGCCCUUUGAGAGCGGGGUCCUGGGUCUCCAGAGCCGCCAGGGGCUGUCCGGCCGCCGCUCCAGUCUGGACCCGGUGGAUGACCUGAGCUCUGAGGGCCGUGAGUGUGUGAACUGUGGCUCUGUGUCGACUCCUCUGUGGAGACGAGACGGGACCGGUCACUACCUCUGCAACGCCUGCGGCCUGUACCACAAGAUGAACGGCAUCAACCGGCCCCUCAUCAAGCCACAGAAGAGACUGGUGAGUGACAACCGGACCCACACAACGGACCCCACAACCAGUCCCACACAAUCGGCCCCACAAAACUGGGCCCACACAACGGGAUGCACACAAUGAACCACACAACCGACCCCACAACCAAACCCACACAAUCGGCCCCCCCAUCAAACCGCAGAAGAG